CCCCUCUUCCAAAACAAUCCUUCCCUCUCCGUGCUAAGACCCUCUUCGGAAUCGCUUCUUGUUGAGCAGAACUAGAGUUCUCGCCCCUUUGCGAAGGAGAAUUAGGACGAGGACUCAGUCUGAUCUGACUUCAGAGCCUUCAGCAAGAAAGAAAGAUGUCAGAUGAAGAUGAUCUGGAAGAUUUUGAGCCAGACCAGGAUGAUCUGGAAAAGGAAGAUGAUGAGAAGGAGACGGAAGAGGGGGAGGAUGACAGGAAAGAGAUGGAAGACUUCUCUGAGGAAUGGAUGCCCAAUCCCCUGACGGAGGACAUGAUGAAGGAAGGGCUUUCUUUGCUCUGUAAGACAGGCAGUGGAUUAGCCCAUGCUUAUGUGAAGCUGGAGGUUAAAGAGAGAGAUCUGACAGACAUCUACUUGCUGCGUUCCUACAUCCAUCUGCGCUAUGUGGACGUUUCUGAGAACCACCUGACAGACUUGUCCCCACUCAAUUACCUCACCCACCUGCUCUGGCUCAAGGCUGACAGCAACCGGCUGCGGAGUGCCCAGCUGAAUGAACUGCCCUACCUGCAGAUUGCCAAUUUUGCCUAUAACCAGAUCACUGACACUGAGGGCAUCUCUCAUCCUCGUCUGGGCAGCCUGGAUCUCAAAGGGAACAACAUCCGCUUGGUGACAGGUCUGGACCCCCAAAAGCUGAUCAGCCUGCACACACUGGAGCUUCGGGGGAACCAACUGGAAAGUACCCUUGGAAUCAACCUUCCUAAGCUGAAGAACCUCUACCUGGCCCAGAACAUGCUGAAGAAGGUGGAAGGCUUGGAGAACCUAAAGAAUCUCACUACCUUGCAUCUUCGAGAUAACCACAUUGAAACUCUGAGUGGCUUCUCCAAGGAAAUGCAAUCACUGCAAUACCUCAACCUGAGGGGCAACAUGAUAACCAACCUUCAGGAGCUUGCCAAGCUUAAGGACCUGCCCAAGCUUCGAGCCUUGGUGCUACUGGACAACCCGUGUACAGAUGAGAGCAACUACCGCCAGGAGGCUCUGGUGCAGAUGGCACAGCUGGAACGUCUGGACAAGGACUUCUACGAGGAUGACGAUCGGGCUGAGGCUGAGGAGAUUCGUCAGAGGAUAAAGGAGGAGCAGGAGCAGGAGGCUGAGCCUGAGCAUGAUUCGGAAGUGGAUCAGCCAUCCAUCUAGCAGCAGUUUUAGCCUUUGAGGAUA